AUGCACAUUCUUGAGCAGCUGUUCCUCGAGCAUUCCGGUGUCCACCACUUUCAGCAUGCCAGUGCCUUGCCACGAUCUCUAGGUCUGAACUUCGUGGCCGCGGUCGAACUGCUGGUGGGGUUUACGGAGAAGCAAGCGCUGGGUGGCCUUCGUGCGCUUACAGAUGCGUUCUGCAGCGGAUACUACGUGGAGUCGAUGAGUGGCCUCCUGCGCGACAUAGCAGUUCUGGAUGCUCUAUUGCUUCACUUGCUACCCAAAAUCCACGCGAGAUUUGCAGAGGUGGAUCUGCCUCUCAUUUGGAUCGCCACAGAGCCGCUGCUGACCUUGUUCUCGCGGGAGCUGAAGCCCAUCGAGAGCAUCUGCAGGCUUUGGGAUUUCUUCCUUAUCGAAGGAGUCUGUGCUCCCUUUGCAGUUUUCCUCGCUUACGCAGAGCUGGCUUUUGAGCGAAAUCUGCUCACCGGAGCAGCAGCAGAAGAUUCGCUGGGCGCUUUCAGGCUGCUUCUGGGCGAUUCCAGCGCUAUCGCAGGGAACAUCCUGCAGCGUGCAGCUUUCUUCCUCGCGCCCAGGCCAUUUGGCAGUGGUCUCAACGAGACGCUGCUGCAGAGCCUGCGCAAGGAGGCUGCUGGCGCGAGCCAGCUGGCCGAUGCCGACGCCGGAUAA